AUCGACGAGCGCAACGCUGGGCCAGAGUAUCAGUAGUAAUCGUGAGUUACGUGUGACGAGUAGUAGUAACUACUAUAUAACAGUCGCAGUAGUAUAGUAGAAGUAGUAACGACAUUAUACAAAACACUUACACACACACACGCCAGAAUUACUUAUUAUCCGUUGGCUGUGGCCACAGUUCGGAUAGUCGUCGAGUGGUCUUAAGCCAGUGAAAGUGGUCGUCACACUCGCCGGUUCGUGCCGCCACCAAUUGCUGUUGCAAAUUAAUUUUAUUAGAAUACAAAUACUUAAGAAAAUAAUCUGCGUCAAUUUUUAUUUAUAUACGUUAGUUUUAAUUUUUUUUUUUUUUUGUUAAAUACCUAAUAAUUUUAAAUCAAUCUGUGAUUUUUGUGCUGGUCUCAACUUUUCUACAAACGCGCCGGAUAUCAAACCAGUAUCGUCGUAACGGAUACUUGUCAAUCGUGUUUACCAUUGAACAUUCCAAACGUCGAAUGAUCGAAAAAGCUAAGAACAUUUUACAUCUUUGCUGACCACCUUCGUUGUGCACCUCAAAUCAUUGUCGUGAGCAAAUACACCAUGACGUUCAUAUCGACAUUGAGUUUGAUAAGCAUAACGGCGUUCGUGUCGCAAGUCUUCGCCAAUACGUUACAUGAGCACAUGCAUACUGACGACUUGAGAAGUUUAUUUCAUGUGGAACACCAUUCAGAAGUUCCUCAUUAUGAAAUUAUUAGUCCUCAUUCUAUCGUUCGAAGGGACACUACCAACACGCACAGAGUAAGGCUGAAGGCAUUUGGAGAACACCACGAAUUAGAAUUAGAACCCUCCGACAAUUUAGUAGCCGGUGACAAGCUGCGAGCAUGGACUGCUCAUCACAAUUCAACAACAGAUACUAUUCAUUAUACAGAACUACCUGAUGAACACAUUGGCGUACCAUAUCAGGACGUGGACAAACGAGCUGCCUUAAUCUUACAUAACGACCACAAUGAUGGGACAAUUCUUAUGGAAGGAACUAUUGGUGAACAUUUAGUUGUAAAACCAAUCCCUUCACUGUACAGAAAACACGUACAGUCUGUUCCAGACGACGAAAUUUUUAUGGACCAAGAAAUUGAUAAUGGCGAUAAUGAAGUGUCCAAGCAAGGUUUUCCUUUAAAACCUCAAAAAUUUGUACAUCACAAACAUAUUGUGUAUAGAAGAAACCCAGAUUCUGAUACAAAUUCUGGAGAUUAUGCUCUGAUGGAACCAGACUCAUUGCCAAGAACUAGACGAAAAAGAUCUAUAACAAAGAGGGAAGCACCUUACGCCAUUUAUCCAGAAAUUAUGGUGAUCGUAGACUAUGAUGGAUACAGGUUACACGGUGGAGAUAAUGUACAAAUAAAGAGAUAUUUUGUUUCUUUCUGGAAUGGUGUGGAUCUUAGGUAUAGACUGCUUAAAGGACCAAAAAUUCGUAUUAGUAUAGCUGGAAUUAUAAUAUCAAGGGCAAGAGAUGCUACCCCAUACUUAGAAAGAAAUAGAGUGGGCAGGGAUGCAAUUGAUUCAGCUGCAGCUUUAACUGAUAUGGGAAAAUAUUUAUUUAAAGAAAGGAGACUACCUGUAUAUGACAUUGCUGUAGCAGUUACAAAAUUAGACAUGUGCAGGAGACAAUACCCACAUGAUACAUGCAACAGGGGUACCGCAGGAUUUGCAUAUGUUGGUGGAGCAUGCGUUGUAAAUAAGCGUCUCGAAAAAGUUAACAGCGUUGCUAUUAUAGAAGAUACUGGUGGAUUUUCUGGUAUCAUUGUAGCCGCUCAUGAAGUGGGCCAUUUACUUGGUGCUGUACAUGAUGGAUCACCCCCUCCAACGUAUCUAGGAGGUCCAGGUGCUGAAAAAUGUCGCUGGGAAGACGGUUACAUUAUGAGUGACUUGAGACACACAGAAAAAGGAUUUAGGUGGUCGCCUUGUAGCGUGUCCUCAUUUCACCAUUUCUUAAAUGGUGAUACAGCUACUUGUUUGUUUAACUCUCCUCACGAAGACGAGUCUUUACCAAGAAUGUUACCUGGAAAACUAUUGACGUUGGACGCUCAAUGUAGAAAAGAUCGAGGAACUAGUGCUUGUUUUAAAGAUGAUCGAGUGUGUGCCCAACUUUUUUGUUUUGAUGCUGGAUCAGGUUACUGUGUAGCCUACAGACCAGCUGCUGAAGGUUCUCCUUGCGGAGACGGACAAUACUGUACAAACGGAAAAUGCAUUACGGAACACGAAAAUAUCAUACCUGAUUUUUCACAAAACACUCCAUCAUAUAUUCGAAGAAUAGGAGACUUUCAAGAAGGAGAAGCUACUCAGACGUGGCCACAAUAUGUGGCUCCUAAUAUAUCAACUCAAAGGUCAGUGUGGAAUGAUUUUUGGAAGACAACUCCAAAAACAAUUCAAAACUAUCAAAAUAAUUACUUACACUUUCAAACAUAUACACCUAAUUUUUAUCAUAUACAAACGACAACUACUAAACCUUAUGAUACACAACUAACAAACAGACAACUUUACAAUCAAAAACAAAAUAACAAUGAAGACCCUUUAGCUUUGUUACUUAAAAACAAAUAUCAUCAUUUUGGACCACAAGAAUUGAAAUUCAACAAUCAACCUCAAUUUCCUAAUAACCUACAUGCUGAUGAGUGCAUCGAUAAAGCUGGUGCCAUGGACACAUGGGGUGCUAUAUCAUGCUAUGACUAUCUCACAAAAAAUGGUUUAGAGUAUUGUUCAAAUCAAUAUAUCCAGAAAAACUGUUGUGCUGCAGUCAAAUACAUAUGUAAUAAUGCACAAUAUGUGCAUAAUGGCUGACCAAUAAUAAGAAUUAUUCAUCAUAUAAAUAAUAAGUUUUAAAUAAUCUCUGUGAGAUUAGAUGAUUAUGAUUAUUAUUAUUAUUAAUGUAAAAUAAACUAAAAAUAUAAAUUGAAAAUCAGUUUUGUCGUACAUUAACUGAUUUUUUUAUCAAUUAAUCAUUCAUUAGAAGUUUGAUAUAAUCUUCAUUAUGUAUAUUUUUAUUUAUUAGAAUAUAAUUGUAAAAAUUGUUUUUACAAUUAAAUUAGAAUACAUUUAUUAAAAAGUAAAAUUUGAAACCAGUACAUAAUACAAUUUAUGUAAGUAUUUUUAUUGUGAUAAAAACCAUUAUAGAUAGUCAAUUUAAUAUAUUUUGCUGAUUUCGAAAACUCAAGUUAUAUAUACCAAUUGACAAUGUAGCAAAACUUAUUGUAAUUAUGUGAUUAAAGCAAAUUUUGUAAUUUAUUUAUAGUUUAUAAAUAAUAAUACAAAC